AUGGAACUAUUCACGGCAUUGAACGUCCGCCGCGUCGAGGACCAGCGGGCGAUUGAGCGAAUCAUGGCGACUCGAGACAAACGUUGGCUGGCAAGUUUAGGGCUCAGGGCAUCGCGCUCCUCGCAACUGUCAAGUUGCACAGAAGGUAACGGAGAGGCGGAGAGGCAGGCUGACCCCGACGCCGAGAUGGCUGCUCUGGACGACGAGAUGGUAGAUAUGGCCUUGAACACGCCGGCGGAGAACGAACGACCUGUUCAGUUGAGUAUGAGACUCAUUCGAGAAAGCCUCGCGUUGUCCAGGAAAUCCACGCGACGAACUCGAAGCCCAGAGCACGAAGACAAGGAGGUGGAGGCGAUGUUAGGCAAGAAAGUACUGCGCUUGGACUGGCUGGAUAUUGGCAAGAUCGAGAACUUGGACGCGUUCACACACGUAGAGGAGCUGUAUCUCCAGUACAAUUUGGUCGAGACCAUCGAAGGGCUUGAAGACCAUCAACGACUCGCGUUCCUUGCUCUUGCUGGCAACCGGAUUCGAGAAGUCAAGAACCUCAAGCAUCUGCAAAAUGUCGAAGUGGAGCUGCCACAAAGCGAGCAGGAUGUUCUCGAGACACAAGGAACGUUUGAAGCAGAGAAAAAGGCGUUCAAUCUCGCAGACUACGAAAAGCAACGCAGCGACCGAAUGUCCAAGUGGAAGACGCAGUUGACAGCGUUGACGUCGCGGACACGAGACCAGUUAGCAGAGAGCGGCGAGUCCAUCAAAGCUGGCACAAGCACCAGGUUUCAAGAACGACGCAGCCUCGCACUGUCGCGAGCGCGACGAGCGACAGACGCAGCUCUCGUGGAUGCCGCCAGCCACUUCAAGCAGGUGCGCAGUCGUGUUCGACGAAGGAAAAAGGUGGUAAAGCGUUCGGCGACGAGCUAA